AUGUCAGGGGCGCGAGGGAGGCUGCACAAGACAGCAGAGUCGAAUACACCAAGACGAUCGGCGCGACGAGGAAGGAGCUCGCAACAAGACAAUGGGGUACCAGUGGUCUUUCAAGAGAUGUUGUACGAGGAGCAGGCGUCGCAAGCCGCUAGUAUUGAUGACGAUGAGCGCCCGCUGAAGAAGAGGAAGACUGUGCGACCCCAUAAAUCCGAGAGCCCUAUACCCCAGCCUCAGCCUGUACAUCCACCAACUAGCCGUGCGCCGAGACCGCCAUCGCCCACACGUCCUCAUAUCAGAACCGCUGCACCGUUUCAAGCGCCAUUGCACACUCGAGCGCAAUCAACCACCAGCAUCGGUUCUGUUGCCGAGGAUGAGAAAUCUGCCAAUGCGCGAGUGGUACAAACAAUCAUCGAUUCAGACGAGUCCGAUGGCAGCGACAUGGAGUGGGAGGAUGCGCUUGGCGACGAAGAUGGGACGGAGGACGACAUGGAAGAUAUCAAGGCUGCGCCCCAGAUUGACGAUAUUUCCAUCACAAUCGGGGGUAAAAAGGCCGAAGAGAUGGCACCCAAAAGGAGAGUGCGAAGACGAGCUAUCACCUCAGUAGACAAGAAACGGCGUCUGGAUAUUCACAAGAUGCACCUGCUUUGUCUGCUAUACCAUGUCCAUCGCAGAAAUGCGUGGUGUAAUGAUAGGAGAGUCCAGAGCACACUACGGAAGCUUGUACCUCCCAAGACUUUGACCAACCUCGUACCAGACCCGGACAUCACUCAGUAUUCGGCAUCAAAGCGCUUCGUUGAUGGGAUGAACGAGCUGAAGAUUCUUUGGGCAAAACGUUUCAAAAUCACCGCGCAGGGCAUGUACAAGCCGCGAUGGGCGGAAGCAGAUGCAGACAUUCGACCGUUCUCUGAUUUUGAUGAGCUUGACGACCCUAUGGAUAAGGAUGACUUCCGCAACGCAGCACACACUUUGCACGGCUCACAGGACGUUGGCACCCAGCUAUUCUGCGCCCUGCUUCGCGGUAUUGGGAUUGAAGCUAGGCUUGUUUGUUCUUUGCAACCUCUGCCUUUCGCAUCUGCUGCUGAGCGCGCGACUCCACAAAAGCCGAGCGCUUCCAAAACUACAAUCGUAGUUGAUCCUUACAAUAAGCCAGCAGAGACUACUCCGACCAGGCCUAGAACACAUGCUCCACCUCGGCCAAAGAAGCUGUCACGUCUGGAGCGCGUAAUGGGAGAGCGGCACGCGGUCCUAAACAAGACGGGUGCAGCCCCAAAGAAGCAGAAAGCUUACCACACUCCUUUUCCUGUAUACUGGGUCGAGGCCUUCAAUUCUGCUCACCAGAAAUGGGUGCCCAUCGAUACACAUUCUACCUUCACAGUCAACGCACCUGAGAAGUUGGAACCGCCGCUAAACUUCGUGCAGAACAGCCUCACUUAUGCCAUUGCAUUUGAUGAAGACUACAUAGCAAAAGACGUGACCCGAAGAUACGCGAAAGCGUAUAACGCCAAAACUCGGAAGUUUCGUGUCGAAUGCACCCCAGACGGUGACAAGUGGUGGAGACGAGCAGUGAAGUUCUUCAGAAGCUCCACGACACUUGAUAGAGAUCAACUUGAAGAUGCCACUCUUGCCCGCAAAGAAGCCGCGGAGGGCAUUCCGAGGAAUGUGCAGGAUUUCAAAGGUCAUCCUGUUUAUGUUCUUGAGCGGCAUCUUAGGUACAAUGAGGUUAUUCACCCUUUGAAUCAGGUUGGUAGAGUCAAUUGUGGGACUGCUAUGAACCCAAAGAUGGAGCCGAUUUAUCGGCGCACAAAUGUGCACAUCGUUCGGAGUUCAGAUAAGUGGUAUCGCAUGGGCAGAGACGUUAAGGGUGGUGAGCAACCUCUCAAACAUGCAAAGCCUAAGAAGGGUGCAAGGCGACCUUCUAUUGGACCUGAUAUGGAUGUCGACGAGCAAACAGACGAAGCGGGUGCCGGGCUUUACGCAGAGUUUCAAACCGAGCUCUAUGUGCCACCUCCUGUCACUAAAGGCCGAGUACCUCGCAAUGUGUACGGUAACCUCGAUCUCUACGUCCCGUCCAUGUGUCCACCAGGCGGUACGCACAUACGGCACAAACUGGCAUCAAAAGCCGCGCGCAUUGUCGGCGUCGACUUCGCGGAUGCCGUUACAGGCUUCUCCUUCAAAGGUCGACAUGGCACGGCGAUAGUUCAGGGUGUCGUGGUGGCUUCAGAAUACGCAGAUGCUGUGCAAGCAGUAAUCGGCGGAAUGGAAUAUCAACAAGAGGCGGCGGAAGUCGCGGCGCGUAGGUCAGAAUCUCUUCGUCUAUGGAGACGCUUCUUCCUGGGUCUCCGCAUCGCACAGCGCGUCAAUGCGAUUGUGAUUGAUGGCGAGAAAGGCCCGGUCAUCGAUGUGCAAGAUGCAAUUAAUAGGGAGGACAAGAGUCUGGUUGAGAAGGAGAUGGCUGGCGGCUUCUUUCCAGACGAAGACGACUUUGCAGAUGCAGAACCGUCACGAGGCUAUGAGCCUCCACAGCAGGACUAUGGCAACGGUGGGUUCUUGCCGGAUACUGAUUUUAACGAUGGGAGCGGCGGCUUCGUCCCAGACGAAGUUGGCCAUUUGGGCGCUCUGAGUCUGAACCGACAGCACAGCUUUGAAAGCUCAAUUUUAGACUCGCAACAGCUUCGACCUCGGCGUAGGAGCAGUUUUGGCGAGGUCUACUCGUCAGAUGAUGACGACGACGAAGAUCGACGGCGCUGCAGAUGA